AUGGCUACCCCCAGUGUCCUUACCUUUGAUGCUGAGGGUCGAGCUGUUGACUUUGAGGUCUGGGUCGAUGACCUGCAACUUUUCCUACAGUGCGAUAGGACAGACGGACUCUCCAUGUUCGAUCUCACCUCUGGUGCCUCUCCUGCCCCUCGUGCCGAUGCUGACAGCACUGUUUGCUCACAGUGGGCCACACGCGAUGCUGCAGCCCGUCUUGCUGUGUGUCGCCACUUACCGACCGCUGAGCGUGCGCAUUUUAGUCAGUACAAGAGUGCUAAGACCUUGGGUGCUCCCCCUCCCCCCUCUUGCCCUCUGUUGCCUCUGCUGCUGCGGCCGACCUCGUUGGCCUCGAGUCGGUCGGAGCUGCGUCUGCCCCUAGCGGGAGACGCCGCACCGGCUAAGGCAAGGGGGGCAAGGGUGCUGGAGGAGCUGGCGGGGACGGUGGAGGUGGCGGUGGAGGCGGUGGAGGGGCUGGGGGUGGUGGUGGGAGUGGUGGCGGGGGUGGUGGCGUCGGUUGCGGUGGGAGCGGAGGUGGCGGAGGCGGCGGAGGUGGCGGCGGCGGCGGUGGAGCUGGUCGCGGCUCUGCACAGAGGGAUGGCUCCGGUGGUGGUCAGCGCUAGCAGCAGCAGCGCACCCGUGAGACCCCGUCCCCCCAGCAGCUUCGUGAGUGGUACGCUGGGCGUCAGCGGGGCUGGGGUGCUGGUCCCUGUACCUACGUCCUUCGUACCGGUGACCGCACUGGUGAGCAGUGCGGAGGCCCGCACUCCACCCAGCGCUGCUUCGGCCGCCUGA